AUGAGCUACAGAGAUAGACUUGAAGGCUUAGCGGCAGAUGAGCCAGAGAGUUUACUGAAACUGCUGAAACAAGAAGACGAAGAAAUAGAAUCCAAAUUGGGCUUGAACAAUGGCAUGCUGAAUCUACACCGAGUGAUAAACGAAGAUCCAGGGCUUAGGAAACGCAUUGAAAGAAUUCUCGAUAGGUUCUAUCCUAAUGACAUCAAUGCUAAGAGCCAGGAAAAUAAUGAAGAAGACGUUGAUGAUAUAUACGAUGCUGAUGAGCAUCGAGUGAAGUCGGACGCAAAGUUGAGAAUCGUAGACACCGAAGAGGAGGUAAUACCACCGGAAAAUUUCAGCCACAUUGUAGGCGAAAUAUACCGGUCAAGUUUUCCGCGACCGGAAAACUUCCCGUUUUUGCAGAACAGCAUAAAGCUUAAGUCUAUUAUGGUUCUUAUACCGGAAGAUUAUCCACAGGAAAACCUGGAUUUUAUGUCUCAAGCCAAAAUCAAGCUAUUUCAAAUUGGCAUGAGUGGCAAUAAAGAACCUUUUGUCAACAUUCCCUCUGACUUGCUAACAAGUGCUUUGGAGGUAGCCAUAAAUCCAGAAAAUCACCCUAUUCUGAUACACUGCAAUCGAGGAAAACAUCGCACAGGAUGCCUUGUCGGGUGCAUUCGAAGAUUGCAAAACUGGUCAUUAACAAUGAUUUUUGACGAAUACCGACGGUUCGCGUUUCCAAAAGCCAGAGCGUUGGACCAACAAUUUAUUGAGAUGUAUGAUGAAGAAAAGAUCAAAAAAACUGCACACGAGAAGAAGUGGUUACCCAUCAAGUGGUAA